AUGGGAGAGGACAAUCAAACCAUGGUGACUGAAUUUGUUUUCACUGGCUUCUCCAGCCACCCCACGACACGGAUGAUGCUAAUUGCAUUCUUCCUUAUGGUAUAUUUAGUAACCCUAAUUGGAAAUGGCCUCAUCAUCCUCUUAACCCUGUGUGAUCUGCAUCUUCACACCCCCAUGUACUUCUUCCUCAGUAAUUUGUCCUUCCUGGACAUCUGCUAUUCAUCAAGCACCAUCCCACAAGCACUAAUAAAUUUUUCAGUUGACAGACCCACUAUUUCCUACGCUAGAUGUUUUUCCCAGAUGUUAAGCACGCUCUUCUUAGGAUCUACUGAGUGCCUUUUGCUGGCAGUCAUGGCUUAUGAUCGCUACAUUGCCAUCACCAACCCACUGCAUUAUACACUCAUCAUGAGCAAGACACGAUGCAUCCACCUGGCAGUGGGGUCCUGGUCCAUCACCUUCCUCCUAACUAUAGUCCCGUUUUUCUGCAUGCCAUCACGGCUCUGUGGGAAGAAUGAGAUUGAUCAUUUCGUGUGUGAAAUCCUUGCUCUAAUGAAGUUAGUUUGUUCAGAUACCUCCAAGAAUCAAAUCUUUAUGUUUGCCAGUGCAACAUUCAACCUCCUUGCCCCUUUCUCCUUCAUCCUUUUCUCUUACAUGCGUAUCAUCAUGACCAUCUUGCGCAUCCACUCGAAGGAAGGCAAAUCCAAAGCUUUCUCCACCUGUGGGUCCCAUCUCACUGUGGUAACCAUCUUCUAUGGUACAGCCAUAUUCAUGUACCUUAAACCACAGUCCAAGUCAUCCCAACAGGAGGACAAAAUCAUUUCUGUAUUCUAUGCAGUUGUGACUCCUAUGUUAAAUCCUCUAAUCUACACACUGAGAAACAAAGAGGUGAAAGGAGCCCUGAGGAAAGUGACUCGCAUGAAGGGAGACUCAGAGUGA